UAUAAAAAUGUAUAUUAUUUGUCAUAUUUUUUAAAUGUCAUAGUUGUAUUGAAGCAUAAUUACUUAGCUCUAAUAAAUAAAAUAAAUAUUUUAUUUUUAAUUUUAUUUAUUUUAACACCGUACGAAAAUUAUUUAAAUAUAGUUACGAUGUAGGGAAUUUACAAAAGUACGAGUACACAUUCUUCUCUAUUAGUUUGAUAAUUUUUUCAACCGUUUGAAUUUGAAAGACUUUCCAAAACAAUCGUAGUAAUUUGUUAAGAGUUAUAAGAAGUUGACAAUAUGAAUAGUUCUGGCGAUUUAAGUCAGAUCUCUGAUAUUUCCCGAAUUUCUCGUUUGAAUUGUAGUCGAAUAUUUGGUAGAAUAGAUUCAUUGCAAAACUUAUUUGAACAACAAUGUAGUUUGAGUUACAAUACAAGCAGAAAUACUACAAAUCAAGAAUCUAACCAUUUAGAGAAAACUGUAAAAUGUCUUGCUUCAUGCGAAGAUAGCAUAGGAGAACAUGUAAAAAGCAAAAUAAUUUUAGAAUGUAUAAAAGAGACAUCAAUGAAUGUAAAAGAGACAUUGUCUGAUGAUGUUGUUUUCAAACUAAAAGGGUUACUUUCAAUUCAUGAGCUUAACAAAUACAUGCAUUUGCCAUCUACAUCAAAAAAUAUACAAGAGGAGUUAUGUAUUUUGGGAAUCACAGAUUUGCCAAAAUAUGAUCUUAGUUAUGAAGAAAUACUAGACAUUAAAUAUUGUGUGGAAACACUGCUACGAGAGAAGAUACAUGAAUUUAUAUUAAGAUAUGAACAAUUAGGAGGAAACCUGAAGGAAGCUCUAAGAUCAAUUGAUGGCAAUAUGCGUAAAAAAAUGUUUGAGCCUCAUGAAAUACAAAUAUUCCAGUGGAAAGAUAAAAUUGAAGAAUUAUGUGCUCAAUAUGAAGCAGAUAUUUUGAAAUGUAAGGCUUUGAUGAAUAAAUGGAAUACCUUAAAAUACAAAGAUGUAAGUAAACUUUAUUUGGAAAAAGCAGAACACAUAUUAUUGCAAGCGCAAGUUGCAGAAGUGCAAGCAAAGAUUACAAAGUUGUCAUGUAUUAUAAAAAUGUAUAAGGAGACUCCAAUAACGAUUGAUGCAUUUAGAACAUUAAAUGUAGCCAUAGAUAAGAAAUUAUUUGCAAUACUGAGUGAAAUUAAAGAGAAGGAAAACUUGAAAAAACAAUAUGAGAAGUUACAAAACACAGAAUAUAAUGAAAUCUUAAAAACUUAUCUACAUUUUUGCAAAGCUAUCGAAAAAAAAAAACAAAUAUUAGAAAAACUUUAA